GCUUCCCAGUCGUCUGAUGAGCCCGAGCAGCCGAGUCCCUUCCCUGUCUUUCACUCUCCUGGCAUCGGUGGUUUUACUUCUUCGAUUGAACCCUGCUUCUCGACCCCCCUGGGAGGCCGCCUCCUUCAGGCGCCUCCCUUCUCUCCACGAACCCGCUCUGACAGCUGAGGAACUGGCAAGAUCCGGCUACCCAGAGGGUGAAUGGGUAUCUUUCCCGGAAUAAUCCUAAUUUUUCUAAGGGUGAAGUUUGCAACGGCGGCCGUGAUUGUAAGCGGACACCAGAAAAGUACCACUGUAAGCCAUGAGAUGUCUGGUCUGAAUUGGAAACCCUUUGUAUAUGGCGGCCUUGCCUCUAUCGUUGCUGAGUUUGGAACUUUUCCUGUGGACCUUACUAAGACAAGACUCCAAGUUCAAGGCCAAACCAUCGAUGUCCGCUUCAAAGAAAUAAAAUACAGAGGAAUGUUUCAUGCUUUAUUCCGAAUUUAUAAAGAAGAAGGUGUGUUGGCUCUGUAUUCAGGAAUUGCUCCUGCUUUACUGAGACAGGCAUCAUAUGGCACCAUUAAAAUUGGCAUUUACCAAAGCUUGAAACGAUUAUUUGUAGAACGUUUGGAAGAUGAAACGCUUCUAAUUAAUAUGAUCUGUGGGGUAGUGUCAGGAGUGAUAUCUUCUACUAUAGCAAACCCCACCGAUGUACUAAAGAUUCGAAUGCAGGCUCAAGGAAGCUUGUUCCAAGGGAGCAUGAUCGGCAGCUUCAUCGAUAUAUACCAACAGGAAGGCACCAGGGGUCUGUGGAGGGGUGUGGUCCCAACUGCGCAGCGUGCUGCCAUCGUUGUGGGAGUAGAGCUUCCAGUCUAUGAUAUUACCAAAAAGCACUUAAUAUUGUCAGGAAUGAUGGGAGACACAAUUUUAACCCACUUUGUUUCCAGCUUUACAUGUGGCUUGGCUGGGGCUCUGGCCUCCAAUCCAGUUGAUGUGGUGAGAACUCGCAUGAUGAACCAGAGGGCAAUCGUGGGACAUGUGGACCUCUACAAGGGCACUUUGGAUGGAAUUUUAAAGAUGUGGAAGCAUGAGGGGUUUUUUGCACUCUAUAAAGGAUUUUGGCCAAACUGGCUUCGACUUGGACCUUGGAACAUCAUUUUUUUUAUUACAUACGAGCAGCUGAAGAGGCUUCAAAUCUAAGGACUGAAUUAUGUGUGAGCCCAGCCCUGCCAAUCUUUCUCUGUUUUUUUUCCCCAUUUUUUUCUGUGUUCUAAUGUAUUUUAAAAAUGUUUUAAGUGUUUGCUGAACCUGUGGACCCCCAAGGGCCUCCUGAUUGAAGAACGAUACAGUGGUUCAAAAAUGUUUAUGUGUUUGUGUUACCAUGUUAACUUUUCCCUGAGGAAGUGUUAACGUUGAGACUCUGGCCCCAGAUUGGUAUCUUCUGUGAAGAUGGAUGCUGAUGGAUAAUUUUCAAGGUGGUUGUCUUUCAAAUGUGGGUUAAAUGUAGUUGGUAGCCCCAGAUAAGGGCUAGAGCAGAAGGCAUAGGCCAGAGCAGUUACAGCUGUGAAUGUUACAGACCUUGGUUCUCAUUAAAGUAUUUAUUGGCAAAAUUACUUUGGCUUUGUCUUCAUUUACUGUUUGUUCCUUUGCUGGCUCUUUAAGUUCCAUUCUCUAGAAGGUGAUAAUGAGAAGGUGACUGUGAAAUUGAGAAUUAGACACAAGGCAGAGUUAGGCGCUUCAUACCUGGACUUUUAAAGUGUACAUUUAUGGGAAUAGAGUAAGUGCACUGUGCUUCACAACUGCCAUUCAUUGUCAUACUGCCACUUACUGUCAAACAUCAGACAAGUGGCCCUUUCCUAAACAGGAAUAAACAAACAAGUGACUCGUUCGGAAAUGGUUACAAAUAAAAUGCAGAGAGGUUUAAAAUAGAACCCCAUGCCUAGGGUUCUGUUGUCUUACUGGCAAAAAUUUCUGGCUACUUUCUUGUACUAGAAUAGUGCCUAGCACAUAGUAGGCACUCAAAUAUUUGUGGAAUGAAUAGUUUAGUUCUUCAUCUUUAUCCAUUCAUUCACUUCUUUAACAAGCAUUUAUUGCAUGUCUUUUAUGUCCUAGAUGCUGGGAAUAUAAAAAUGAGUAAGACAUAGUCUCUGUUUUCAAGCUCACAUUAUAGUGGGAGAGACAGAUAUGUAAAUAAAUAAUUACAGUGGGUCCUAAGUAGUGGGUGAGAGAUGAACAUAGUGCUGCAGAAGCACAGACGAGGGAACAGCCAAUUACCUAGAUGCCUUGGUAGCAUAGAAGACAUUGAACUGAGUCAAAGGAAGAGUAGAUGUUACCAUGUAGAUUAGGCAGGGGAGGACAGUCGAGCAGAGGGACUGCACAUGCAAGAGCUCUCAGGUGUAAAAGGGCAAGGUG